GGGCGGCAGCGUGCGCAGCCGGACGGGCUUCUGGGUCGCACGCGUCCUUCCCCCGCGGGACCGCGCGUGACUUGGCCGCGACCGGAAGCCUCAGCAUGCUGAUCCCAUUUUCAAUGAAGAAUUGCUUCCAGUUACUUUGUAACCUCAAGGUCCCAGCAGCUGGUUUUAAAGACACAGUUAAAAGUGGGCUCAUUUUACAGUCAGUUUCCAAUGAUGUUUACCAAAACCUGGCUGUAGAAGACUGGAUCCAUGACCAUAUGAAUCUAGAAGCCAAGCCGGUUCUUUUCUUUUGGAGGAAUUCUCCCUCUGUUGUAAUUGGUCGGCAUCAGAACCCUUGGCAGGAAUGUAACCUGAAUCUGAUGAGAGAAGAAGGUGUAAAACUAGCUCGGAGGAGAAGUGGAGGAGGAACAGUCUACCAUGAUAUGGGUAACAUCAACUUGACUUUUUUUACAACCAAAAAAAAGUACGAUAGGAUGGAAAAUCUAAAAUUAGUUGUUAAAGCUCUGAAGGCUGUCCAGCCGCAGCUGGAUGUGCGGGCUACCAAAAGGUUCGACCUUUUACUUGAUGGACAGUUUAAAAUCUCAGGAACAGCUUCCAAGAUUGGCAAGGCUGCUGCUUAUCACCACUGCACUUUGCUAUGCAGUACCGAUGGGACCUUCUUGUCAUCUUUGCUGAAGAGCCCUUACCAAGGGAUCAGGAGCACCGCCACUGCGAGCACACCUGCCUUAGUAAAAAAUCUUAUGGAAAAAGAUCCCACUCUGACCUGUGAAGCAGUGAUAAAUGCUAUUGCCACAGAGUAUGCUACAUCUCAUCAAAUCGAUAAUCACAUUCACCUAAUAAACCCAACGGACGAGACACUGUUUCCUGGAAUAAACAGCAUAGCCAAAGAACUACAGACCUGGGAAUGGAUAUAUGGCAAAACUCCAAAGUUCAGUGUAAACACUUCCUUCAGUGUGUUAUAUGAACAUUCACACUUGGAAGUUAAAGUAUUCAUAGACAUAAAGAAUGGAAGAAUUGAAAUCUGUAAUAUUGAAGCACCUGACCAUUGGUUGCCGCUAGAAAUACGUGACAAGUUAAAUUCAGGUUUUAUUGGUAGUAAAUUUUGCCCAAUUGAAACGACUAUGCUUACAAGUAUAUUACAUAGAACAUGUCCAGAAGAUGACGAACUACACAUCAACAUAAGAUUGGGUGAAGGAACAUGACACUGAUGGAGGUUCUGUCUCUCCUACAAGCCACAACCAGCAGAGUUGGUAGAAAGGAAGAAUGAAACAUUAAAGCAGCAGAUUGAAUUACUAACAGGUAAAACCACCUUGGCCAGAUGCACUGAAGUACUAUCCCAGGCUUUAAGACAUUUGAGUGAUCAACCAGUAGAGCCUGCUGCCCCACAGGCCAGAUGGGAGACCCUUGCUUAGACACACGAUACCCACAGUAAGGUAUGGAAAUUGCAGGAGACAGCCAUUUCCCUCUCACUGUGGAUCUACAUGCUAUGCUGCUGAGAACACCAAGCCCCAUCACACCUGGGAAGGGAGUUUGCAAUGGGAUUUGUAAAGGGAUGUCCCACCAAGAUGGGUGAGUUACUUUGCAUCCCUGUAUGAGGAGGAAUGACUCAUUCUCCACUGGGAUGCUGAUGUCCUGCUGCAAACCAGACCCAUCCAGGUACUAUACCUAGAACAGAACACACACCUUUGAAAAAGGGGAGAAGGUGGGAGUCCUGGUCUGGCAGAUCCUGCCCCGUCCAUCUCCUCACACCUGAUAGUGCUUCCUCCCCCAGCAAACA